CUGCAUCGGGGAGGAAAGUGAGAGAGGAACCUGCAUCGGGGAGGGAAGUGAGAGAGGAAACAGCAUCGGGGAGGAAAGUGGGAGAGGAACCUGCAUCGGAGAGUAAAGUAAGAGAGGAACUUGCAUCAGGGAGGAAAGUGAGAGAGGAAACUGCAUCGGGGAGGAAAGUAAGAGAGGAACCUGCCUCGGGGAGAAAUCGAGAUCUCGAUCACCGCCCGCUCGAUGGAACCUUCUCCUCUUCCUUCUGCUUCUUCUUCUCCUCCUCCUCCUCUUCUUCCUCUUCCUUCUCCUGCCCCUCGUGCUUCUCCUGCUCCUGCUCCUCCUCCUCCUCCUCGCUCAGACGUGCAGCGUGAAGCGGAAGAGAAACCUCACACGUGUGACGUGUGCGAGUACAGGACGUGCUACCGCCACAGCCUGAAGAAGCACAUGCGAACGCACACGGGAGAGAAACCGUACGCAUGUGAGACAUGCGGGUAUCGCAGUGCACAUCUGAGCGGCUUACAGGCGCAUGCGCUCACGCACGAGGGAGAGAAACCGUAUGUGUGUGACGUGUGCGAGUACAGGACAUGCUACCACUACAGCCUGAAAAGGCACGCGCGCCAGCACACACGAGAAAAACCGUACGCGUGUGACACAUGCGGGUAUCGGAGCUCUCAGCUCAGUGGCUUACAGGCACACGCGCGCACGCACGCAGGAGAAAAACCGUACGCGUGUGAGACAUGCGGGUAUCGGAGCUCUCAGUUCAGUGGCUUACAGGCGCACGCGCGCACGCACACGGCAGAAAAACCAUAUGCGUGCGACAAGUGCGGGUAUCGCAGUGCAAAUCUGAACGGCUUACAGGCGCACGCGCUCACGCACACGGGAGAAAACCCGUAUGCGUGCGACACGUGCGAGUACAGGACUUGCUACCGCGACAGCCUUAAAGCGCACAUGCGCACGCACACGGGAGAGAAACCGUACACGUGCAACAUAUGCGAUUACACCUGCGCCACCUCUAGCAACCUCAAAGCGCACGCGCGCACGCACACGGGAGAGAAACCGUACGCUUGUGACAUAUGUGAGUACACCUGCACCAGCUCCAGCAGUCUCAAGAAGCACUUUCUCACGCACACGGGUGAGAAACCGUACGCGUGCGACACGUGCGACUUCAGAACCACUCGUUUGACGAAUCUUCGGAUGCACACGCGCAAGCACACGGGAGAGAAACCGUACACGUGCGACAUCUGCUCUUUCAGGAGCGUAUCCUGGGGAUCUCUCUCGAAACACAUGCGCACGCAGUCGCACCGAAGAAAGGCCAUGCACAUGCAAUCGGGAGUGGUGUGA